UUGUGUGUUUUGUGUUCCACCUUUUCAGUUGCACUAUAGGAUAGUGUAGUUACAAGUAAAACUAGUUAUAAGUAUCGGUGACGCAUUACAUGUGAAUGAAAAAAGAACCGAAUUCUUUUUACGAGAAGAUGUCAAUCUUUAGAAUGUAAAAUAUGCUCGAAGUAUCUCAAGACUGUAUUUUAUUGGAAUAACUCAAUAAACCAAACAUGUGUGACGAAGAAGUUGCUGCACUCGUAGUUGACAAUGGCUCCGGUAUGUGCAAGGCCGGUUUCGCCGGAGACGACGCUCCACGCGCCGUCUUCCCAUCUAUCGUCGGAAGACCACGCCACCAGGGUGUCAUGGUUGGCAUGGGACAGAAGGAUUCCUAUGUUGGUGACGAAGCUCAAUCAAAAAGAGGUAUCCUUACUUUGAAAUAUCCGAUUGAGCACGGCAUUGUCACCAACUGGGAUGAUAUGGAAAAAAUCUGGCAUCACACGUUCUACAACGAACUUCGAGUGGCUCCCGAAGAACAUCCAGUACUCCUUACCGAGGCACCUCUCAACCCGAAGGCUAACCGUGAAAAGAUGACACAGAUUAUGUUCGAAACGUUCAAUACCCCCGCUAUGUAUGUCGCUAUUCAAGCUGUACUUUCGCUAUAUGCUUCUGGACGUACUACCGGUAUUGUAUUAGAUUCCGGUGACGGUGUUUCCCACACUGUACCGAUCUACGAAGGAUACGCCUUGCCUCAUGCUAUUCUCCGUUUGGACUUGGCUGGCCGUGAUUUGACCGACUACCUCAUGAAGAUUCUCACAGAAAGAGGAUACUCCUUCACCACCACGGCCGAACGUGAAAUUGUUCGUGACAUUAAGGAGAAACUUUGUUACGUCGCCCUUGACUUCGAACAGGAAAUGGCAACCGCUGCGUCAUCCUCUAGCUUGGAGAAGAGCUACGAACUUCCAGACGGUCAAGUAAUCACCAUUGGUAACGAAAGAUUCCGUUGUCCUGAAGCUCUCUUCCAGCCAUCCUUCCUAGGUAUGGAAGCAUGCGGUAUUCAUGAGACAACAUACAACUCGAUCAUGAAGUGCGAUGUCGAUAUCCGUAAAGACCUGUACGCCAACACUGUCCUUUCUGGAGGUACCACCAUGUAUCCAGGAAUCGCUGACAGAAUGCAAAAGGAAAUCACUGCCCUAGCACCAUCCACUAUGAAAAUCAAGAUUAUCGCACCACCUGAGAGGAAAUACUCUGUAUGGAUCGGUGGAUCUAUUCUUGCAUCUUUGUCUACCUUCCAGCAAAUGUGGAUUUCCAAACAAGAAUACGACGAGUCUGGACCAUCCAUCGUCCACAGGAAGUGCUUCUAAGCACAUCUUUGAUAUCUCUUGCAUAUUAUCAUUCCCCAAAUCCCGAGAGCGGCCUCUGUCUCGUUUCUCGACCAUAGGUAUUGUUAUAUGGAUAUAUAAUUCAGAGGAUUCAAUAGUAUAGAAAAGAUAUUUAGGCAUUCGAAGAUCAGUUUUAAGAUAUAGUAACGUCUAAUUGAAUGAUGCAGAAUGAAAGUAGUAAAUCGCUAAUUAGCGCAGAAACAGUUCUAAAAGAUUUUGCUCUAUUUUUUUCAUCAUUUAAUUGGACGCUAUUGCGUCUUUUGUGUACUCUCCGAAAUUCUGAAUACUUUAUUAUUCUAUCGAGUCCUUUGUAUUAUACAUCCAGAUAAUAUUCCCUAUGGUAGCAUCUAGCUAACCACCCUCACGAAAAACAUCUUUCUUAUUGUCAUCGCGAUAUUUCACUCUACAAUCGAAAUAAUCAUAUGUUCUUUCCUUUUUUCGAACAUGCUAUAUAUUUGCCAAUUUUUAAUAUUCGCGAGUUUGAGCUGAAGGUAAACUAUUAUAUAAAUUAUUUCGGAAUAUCGUUCCGAUGCAGUAUGGAGCCGUUGUGAUUAUCCUUAAUGCACGAAAGAUCUUUUAAUUUGGUGUCCUCCAAUUAAAUGCAUUCCGUUACUUUACUCUGCGAUAUUUAACGAGGUUUGUGUCAGUCUUUCUAGAAUUCAUCAUUCCUAGCGGAGAUAGGCCUUCGACUUAUUAAUCAUAAUCUUUUUUUAAUGUUACCGAUCGUUGAGGGAAAAGAUGGCUCUUUCCUUUCUUUUUUUUUUUUUUUAAUAAUGGGGGAGACCGCUGACCCAGAAAAAUAUCCUACAAACGCUCGCUCAAACGAAUAAAAAAGACACGGUUUCGACCCCGCAAGCGUAGCCAAAGUAUUAUAAUUUAUUCCCAUUGUAUUGUGCAAGACCAUUCACGUACACAUCUUAAAGACUACUUUAGACUUAUGGGAUUAUAAAAUAAAACUCUUAAAAACAUUA